GCGGCAGCCUCGGGUCUCGCGGAAAUCAUGGUGAAGUUGGGGAACAAUUUCGCGGAGAAAGGCACCAAGCAGCCGCUGCUGGAGGAUGGCUUCGACACCAUCCCCCUCAUGACGCCCCUCGAUGUCAAUCAGCUGCAGUUCCCGCCCCCGGAUAAGGUGGUGGUGAAAACCAAGACGGAAUACGAACCUGACCGCAAGAAAGGGAAAGCGCGCUCCCCCAAGAUAGCGGAGUUCACCGUCAGCAUCACCGAGGGCGUCACCGAGAGGUUCAAGGUCUCCGUGCUGGUCCUCUUCGCCCUGGCCUUCCUCACCUGCGUCGUCUUCCUGGUGGUCUACAAGGUGUACAAGUAUGAUCGCGCCUGCCCCGAUGGGUUUGUCCUCAAGAACACCCAGUGCAUCCCGGAGGGCCUGGAGAGCUACUACGCGGAGCAAGACUCCAGCGCCCGGGAGAAGUUUUACACCGUCAUCAACCACUACAACCUGGCGAAGCAGAGCAUUACCCGCUCCGUGUCGCCCUGGAUGUCGGUCCUGUCGGAGGAGAAGCUGUCGGAGCAGGAGACCGAAGCGGCGGAGAAGGCGGCUUAGCAAGCUGGGGAAGUUCUUUACAGUGCGUCACUUGAAGGUAACGAAGGGACUCCGCGGGACGUUUCAUUACAUAUAAUUACCGAUAAGUUAGAGGUUACUCAUUAAGGUGCAAUCGCUUCUGUUUGCUACUGCUGCUUUGCAAAAAAACCCUGCUGCCGACCACCCAUGGUGUCAGACCAAGUACACACGGGCCUUGCUUAAAGAGCUCUGCCACCACCGUCUCCAGUGAGGACGCCCCACUGGCAUGUGCCCGGUGCCGGUCAGAAAGUGACACCGGACAUGCCAGGGGUUUGGACUAAAGAUCAUGACUCAUGCAUUUUUCUCAUUUCCCCCCUUAAAACUACCUUGCUGUUUGCAAACCUUACUCCGUAGCCAUAACUGGAGUGAUCCGGCUUCCCGCUUCCCACCGGCUGUUGCCAGCGCCACCUGCAGAGCUGCACCCUAGGGAGGUGUAGAGCAGCAGGUGGCACAGCCAGGUGCCCCUGCUGGUAUCGACUGCGUAGCCCCAAGGGCAUGGUCUUAACACGCUGUCUGUGGGUCCCCGCUGUCUCUGGCAUCUGGGCAAUCAUGGUGCCCAGAGUGGGCUGGGAGAACACGGGGUGGGGGAGCAGGAGACAGGGCUGGGGUCAGGGGUGGCAAUACUCGGCAUGGGUGGCUGUCAUCUGGGGGGUGUGGCCACAGGGAGAGAGAAGCCGCUUCGUUCACUUGUUAUGAAUGUUAGGUUUGGAAAGGCAGCGUGGUGGGAAAGCCAUCAUUCCCUGAGCAAGCCGGGCUGCGGUAGCUUUGAUUCCGGGACCAGGUCUGAGUCCCUUGAUGGAGGGAGCUGGCAGGGAGGCUGGGGGUGGGCUGGGGUGGCACUUGCAAGUAGGACAUUUCAACCCACAAUCUUUGUAAGAAAAUUAUGUUUCAACUUGAAUCUUGACAUUAAAGUAUAUGUUUACAAAAUUGCCAGUUAGAUAACGCAAGUGUGUAUGACAAUUAAAUGGAUAAAAGCGAUCACA